UGUCAACUAUAAAAUGCCUUAAAAAAGAAUAAGAUAACCCUAAAUUUUCAAUUCUUUCUUAGCAGCCAGACCUUCAGGUUUCUCUCUCUCUUUUGUCUGAAAAAAAAAGAAAGAAAGAGAAAGACCUUUGAGUGAGUAUCAAUGGAUCCGCAGCCUGAACCUGUUCACUACAUCUGUGGAGACUGUGGGCAGGAGAACACACUGAAGCAUGGGGAUGUGAUACAAUGUCGUGAGUGUGGUUACCGCAUUCUUUACAAAAAGCGAACCCGAAGAAUUGUUCAGUAUGAAGCUCGCUGAAAGUGGAGUUCGGAGAUGGGGAGGGCAUAAGCACUCAUGCAGACGAGAAAUAAUCGGUUGUAUUUUGUACAUGUUUUGGAUCAUAUUAAAUGUUGUCUGGGAGAUUAAGCUUGAUCCAUAGUUGCUUGCUUAGUACCGAAAUGAUGUCUAUCGUGAUUUAGAACAUCGAACCCUUCUAAGAACCGUCUGUGGUUUAUGUUUCUGCUACUGCAUUUAGUGACUUCUGGUCAAAUAGUGAACUUUAAAUCCUUGUGCAUUGUUUCCUUUAACCAUUUUUCCCCCUGUACUACCCACCUUUGUUUUGCAGUUAGGUUAAGUAUACACCUGACAAACUUGGUCCGAA